GUUGGCGCACGGAAACACGGCCCGGGUUGAGUGGAUUGAGUAGACGUGUCAGCUACGGAAGUGGAGCUGCAGAAUCAAACACGCAAAACUCCUUCCUAACCGGGGAUGGUUUUAGGAUUUACACUCACGUAAACUGAGCUGUAUCUUCAUACAUUACGCAUUCCUGUUCGGUUAUUAUUGUCAGUGGAAAUGUUGACCAAAUUUGAGACAAAGUCGGCCCGAGUGAAAGGGCUGAGUUUCCACCCGAAACGGCCCUGGAUUCUGGCUAGUUUGCACAACGGCGUCAUCCAGCUGUGGGACUAUCGCAUGUGCACCCUCAUCGAUAAGUUUGACGAGCAUGAUGGUCCAGUCAGAGGCAUUGACUUCCAUAAGCAGCAGCCACUGUUUGUGUCAGGAGGAGAUGACUACAAGAUCAAGGUGUGGAACUACAAGCUGCGUCGGUGUCUCUUUACACUUCUUGGACAUCUUGACUACAUUCGUACCACAUUCUUUCAUCACGAGUAUCCCUGGAUCCUGAGUGCCUCAGAUGAUCAAACCAUUCGCAUUUGGAAUUGGCAGUCCAGAACAUGUGUCUGUGUGCUGACGGGGCAUAAUCACUAUGUGAUGUGCGCUCAGUUCCAUCCAUCUGAGGACCUGGUGGUGUCGGCUAGCUUGGAUCAGACUGUGCGCGUGUGGGAUAUUUCCGGUUUGAGGAAGAAGAACUUGUCUCCGGGUGCUGUGGACACGGAGGUGCGUGGCAUCUCUGGUGUCGACCUGUUUGGGGCCUCUGAUGCAGUAGUGAAGCACGUUCUGGAGGGUCACGAUCGAGGCGUAAACUGGGCAGCCUUCCAUCCCAGCAUGCCUCUCAUUGUGUCAGGAGCAGAUGACCGCCAGGUCAAGAUCUGGAGAAUGAACGAGUCAAAAGCAUGGGAGUUGGACACUUGUCGAGGGCACUACAACAACGUGUCCUGUGCGGUGUUCCACCCUCGUCAGGAGCUCAUCCUGUCCAACUCUGAGGACAAGAGCAUCCGUGUGUGGGACAUGUCCAAGAGGACAGGCGUCCAGACCUUUCGCAGAGAUCACGACCGUUUCUGGGUGCUGGGGGCUCACCCCAACCUCAACCUGUUUGCUGCUGGCCAUGACAGUGGGAUGCUGGUGUUCAAACUAGAAAGGGAACGUCCAGCUUAUGCCGUGUAUGGUAACAUGCUGUACUAUGUAAAAGAUCGCUUCCUGCGCCAGCUUGACUUCAACAGCAGUAAGGAUACAGCCGUCAUGCAGCUGCGCAGUGGAUCCAAAUUCCCAGUGUUCAGCAUGUCCUACAACCCUGCAGAAAAUUCUGUGCUGUUGUGCACCAGAGCUACCAACCUGGAAAACAGCACAUAUGAUCUGUACUCCAUUCCCAGAGAGAGUGACUCCCAGAAUCCUGAUGCUCCUGAGGGAAAGCGGUCCUCUGGUCUGACCGCAGUUUGGGUGGCCAGGAACCGGUUUGCUGUACUCGACCGCAUGCACUCACUCCUGAUAAAGAACCUGAAGAAUGAGAUUGUGAAGAAGGUCCAGGUACCAAGCUGUGAGGAGAUCUUCUACGCUGGAACUGGAUCCCUGCUGCUGCGUGAUGCUGAAGGAGUCACGCUGUUUGACGUGCAGCAGAAGCGCUCCCUCGCUACGGUCAAAAUCGCUAAAGUCAAAUAUGUGGUGUGGAGCUCUGAUGCCAACCAUGUGGCCCUGCUGGCCAAACACGCCAUCAUGAUCUGCAACAAGAAGUUAGAGAGCCUGUGUAACAUCCAUGAGAACAUCAGAGUGAAGAGUGGCGCCUGGGCCGAGAAUGAAGUCUUCAUCUACACCACCUCCAACCACAUCAAAUAUGCCCUCACCUCCGGUGAUCAUGGUAUAAUCCGUACAUUGGAUCUGCCCAUCUAUGUGACAAGAGUGAGAGGCAACAGUGUGUACUGCCUGGAUCGUGAGUGCAGGCCACGAGUGCUCAACAUCGACCCCACAGAGUACCGUUUUAAACUGGCUCUGGUCAAUCGCAAAUAUGAGGAGGUUCUUCAUAUGGUGCGUAAUGCUAAACUGGUAGGCCAGUCCAUCAUUGCCUACCUGCAGAAGAAGGGCUACCCAGAGGUUGCGCUGCACUUCGUCAAAGAUGAGAAGACUCGUUUCAGCCUGGCUCUGGAGUGUGGAAACAUUGAGGUGGCGUUAGAGGCUGCAAAAGCCCUGGAUGAACGUAGCUGCUGGGAGCGUCUCGGUGAGGCUGCGCUUCUGCAGGGCCAUCACCAGGUUGUGGAGAUGUGCUACCAGAGAACCAAGAACUUCGACAAACUCACCUUCCUGUACCUCAUCACUGGCAACCUGGCCAAACUCAGGAAGAUGAUGAAGAUAGCUGAGAUAAGAAAGGACAUGAGUGGACACUAUCAGGGCGCUCUUUACCUGGGUGACGUCAGUGAGCGUGUGCGAAUCCUGAAGAACUGUGGACAGAAGUCUCUGGCUUACCUGACUGCUGCCACUCAUGGGAUGGAUGAGGAGGCUGAAGCCCUGAAGGAGACCUUUGACCUGGAAAAAGAAAUGGUGCCAGAAGUGGACCCCAAUGCCCAGUUGUUGCAGCCGCCACCUCCCAUCAACCCCUUGGACACCAACUGGCCUCUGCUCACCGUCUCCAAGGGCUUCUUUGAGGGAGCCAUUGCUGCCAAAGGACGUGCUGGCCAGAUGGUUGCUGACAUGGACGUGGAUACUCCAGGAGGAGAAGGCUGGGGAGAAGAUGCAGAACUUCAUUUGGAUGAAGAUGGAUUUAUGGAUGCUCAAGAGGGAUUGGGAGAUGAGGGAGCUAUUGGGAAAGAGGAAGGAGGAGGCUGGGAUGUUGAGGAAGAUCUGGACCUGCCGCCAGAACUGGAUGUACCUUCUGUUGGCGGAGGUGGCGCAGAGGGCGAAGGUUUCUUUGUGCCGCCCACCAAGGGCACAAGCCCCACACAGAUGUGGUGCAACAACUCUCAGCUGGUGGUGGAUCACUUAUUGGCUGGAUCUUUUGAGACUGCAAUGAGGUUGCUGCAUGACCAGGUUGGUGUGGUUCAGUUUGGAUCCUAUAAGCAACUGUUCAUGCAAACUCUGUCCCGUGGGCGCACCUGUUAUCUGGGCCUGCCGUCACUGCCCUGCUUGCACAGUUACCCCCAGAGAAACUGGAAGGACAGCGGGGCUAAAGGGGGUCUGCCAGCAGUGGGCCUGCGUCUCUCUGAUCUCAUUUCACGUCUGCAGCAGUGCUAUCAGCUGACCACAGCGGGGCGCUUUGAAGAAGCUGUUGAACGUUUCAGAGCGAUUCUCCUCUCUGUACCACUGCUUGUGGUCGACAACAAACAAGAGAUUGCAGAGGCUCAACAGCUUAUCACCAUCUGUAAAGAGUAUAUUAUUGGUCUCACCAUGGAGACAGAGAGGAAGAAACUUCCUAAAGACACUCUCGAUCAACAAAAGAGACUUUGUGAGAUGGCAGCAUAUUUCACACAUUGCAGUCUGCAACCUGUCCACAUGGUGUUGGUGUUGAGAACAGCACUCAAUCUUUUCUUCAAACUGCGUAACUUCAAAACAGCAGCGGGUUUUGCUCGCCGUCUUCUUGAGUUGGGUCCCAAACCAGAAGUGGCACAACAGACACGAAAGAUUCUUGCAGCAUGUGAGAAGAGCCUGACAGAUGCUCACCAACUGAACUAUGACCCUCACAAUCCCUUUGACAUCUGCGCAGCCUCUUACACUCCCCUGUACCGUGGGCGGCCAGUGGAGAAAUGUCCCCUGUCUGGAGCCUGCUACUGCCCCAAAUACAAAGGAGAGGUCUGCAGGGUCACACAGGUAACUGAGAUUGGUAAAGAUGUGAUCGGCUUGCGUGUCAGCCCACUGCAGUUCCGUUGAACACGCUUUACAUAAAAAUGGAUGAAAACAGAUAUGCUUUUCUCUCACAUAUACUUUCCUUUAUAAGAUGAAGUAAUGAAAACUUUAAGAUCAGACAAUUCUAGAAAAUACCGUGUUACAUGACUAAUCUCCCUGUGACUGUGCUUUCUAUUAUUAUAUCUGAGGUCUCUAUAGUAUGUAUGCUUGUCUCAUUAAUCUGAAUAACUAAGUGUACAUCUGUGACCCUGUCAAUCAGUGCAAAACAAGUUUCCUUUCCUGUGAAACUCUUUAAAUGUUGAAAUAAAAUUCUGGUAAACAAA